AUGAGUACGAAGAAGCUGAAGCGUUCAACGUUAAAGACCACCGCUGCAUGGUCAUCGACCCGCGCGACCGAGGACGAAGACGUGCGAGUGGCUUUGGCGCCGUUUGGAAAAGUGACGGAAAUUAGCAGAGACAAGUGGAAGGUCAAGGGCUGCAUUGACAAAGGAUCAACCACCCGCUCGGUGACGCUGAAAUUAAAUGUGGGCCUCACUGUGGACGACCUACCACACCAACUGCGUGUUGCUGAGGAUAUGGCGCUCGUCUUCGUUCCUGGCAGAGCGCCGCUCUGCCUCCGAUGCCGUGGCAUCGGACACAUCCGGCGAGAGUGCCGUGUUCCACGAUGUGGGGUCUGUCGUCGCUUCGGCCACGAUGAUUCCCAAUGUGUGCGCUCUUAUGCCAGCGUUACAGGCCCACUCCAAAGGGACGUAGUAUCCGAACACAUGAUGGACGCCGCAGAUGCCGAAGAAGCUAGCAGGGAGGACAACGACGUGGCGAAGACUCCUGCAAAGCCCCUUGAACCCUCCCCAGUAGCUGUCCAGGAAGCGAACCUGGGGGGUGAGCCCUCGGCUGCAGCCCCGGAAACGAAGCCAGCGACUGCAACAUGCGACGCAGGCGUGAAGGCAGCAAGCGCGUCAUCGUCACUGCCGCAAGAAGUCGGCCAGGAAGCAACGGACGUCGAGAUGCUUAUGACCGGAAGCAUCGCUGCAAAGCGUGCUCACGAAGACACUGGCAAUACAGGAAUAACUACUGCGUCAGGCACCGGCGAACCUCCAACGAAGGCAUCGACUACGCGGCGGUCUAUGCUUAAAUCGAAGCCGAACGUGCCACCUGGCAGUAGGGUGGCCCCUAAAACGCCUCCGCCCUAGCGGAGGACCCGUUCCAGUA